AUGGAGAACGGCACAGAGGGCAAGAACUUCUACAUCCCCAUGAACAACAGGACGGGGCUUGUGAGGAGUCCUUUUCACUAUUCACAGUAUUAUUUGGCGGAUCCAUGGCAAUUCAAACUGCUUGCUCUUUACAUGUUCUUCCUGAUUUGCACUGGCUUCCCCAUCAAUGCUCUGACACUGUUGGUCACAGCUCAGAACAAGAAGCUACGGCAACCUCUCAACUUCAUCCUGGUCAACUUGGCUGUGGCUGGACUGAUCAUGGUCUGCUUUGGGUUCACAGUCACCUUUUAUACUUCCCUCAUGGGCUAUUUCUCCUUGGGACCAAUGGGUUGUGCUAUUGAAGGAUUCAUGGCUACACUUGGAGGUCAAGUGUCUCUGUGGUCUCUCGUGGUUCUAGCUAUUGAGAGAUACAUUGUGGUCUGCAAACCCAUGGGUAGCUUCAAAUUUACAGCCACCCACGCUUCAGUUGGCUGUGCAUUCACCUGGAUCAUGGCUUUCUCCUGUGCUGUUCCUCCUCUGGUUGGCUGGUCAAGGUACAUUCCUGAGGGUAUUCAGGUCUCCUGUGGACCUGACUACUACACUCUGGCUCCAGGCUACAAUAACGAAUCAUUCGUUAUGUACAUGUUUAGCUGCCACUUUUGUAUUCCCGUCUUCACCAUCUUCUUCACUUAUGGAAACUUAGUGUGCACAGUGAAGGCGGCUGCAGCCCAGCAGCAGGACUCAGCAUCCACCCAGAAAGCUGAGAAGGAAGUGACACGCAUGUGCAUCCUGAUGGUGAUGGGCUUCCUCGUGGCCUGGACCCCAUACGCCAGCUUUGCUGCAUGGAUCUUCUUCAACAAGGGAGCUGCCUUCUCAGCUACAGCCAUGGCUGUCCCUGCCUUCUUCUCAAAGAGCUCAGCAUUGUUCAAUCCUGUGAUCUAUGUGUUGAUGAACAAACAGUUCCGUAACUGCAUGCUGACCACUGUUGGAAUGGGCGGUAUGGUGGAGGAUGAGACCUCAGUUUCAACCAGCAAGACAGAAGUAUCCUCUGUCUCUUAA